AUGGGUCUUUUUGGAGGGAAGGACGAGUCCUCUUCGGCAUCUGCAAUCAGCAGUGACACUGACUUUGCCGACUUUGCAGCCAGUACCGUCGAAUCAAUUGUCAAUGCCGCCACUUCGGUUGUCGCCAGUGCUGCCACUGGUGGUUCAGACGCCCCUCCCACUUCCCUGCCAGUUCGUCCGAGUAUCUUCGGCGACGAACACCCCUGGUACGCCUUUUGGCUCCGCGUGAGCCCGAAGGACUUCAUUACCGAAUACUUCAUCAUUGGAUUUCUCACUCUUAUGGUCACAUGGCACUUCAUCGGUGUCUCUGUCAACCGCAAGAUUGCCAAGAAAUGGAUAUUGAAGAAUGUCCCACUUUUACAGCGUGAAUACGCUCGGGUGGGAUUCCAGCGAACGCUCACCACGACCGAAGAAGCCAAGGAAGAUGUCGCCGCCGGAAAGUUUGUAGGCAACGAGAAGGACAUGAUCCGUGAGGAGAGCAGCCAAGAGUUUGUGCAUUACACCUCAGGAAGAAUGAAUGUUCUUAGCACGGUUUUCAAUAUCAAGCUCAAGGGUCGUGGAAAUCCUUUCCUCUGGUGUUUUGAAGUUGUUACUUCAUUCUUCAUGGAUAGCUUUGCCGCACCAUCCGAUACUGUUACGAUCACGACUUAUACCUCUGAUGGUGCUGAUGCAUCUAAAACCGGUGGCCAUAACUCUAGAUAUGAUGGAUUUGUUUGGGGUGUGGUCAAUAAGAAGGCUAUGGCGACUCAUAGAAGCGCACGUUACGACUUGAGCUUGACCAAGACCGUGGAUACCCCCAAGUUGCCGGCCUGGUUGACGGUUAUGACCGAAAGCGCCGAGAUUACGGAUACUAUGCUUACCAAGGAUUUGAUUGCGGCAAUCGAAAAGAUCGGAAACGGAUUCCAAUAUUUGGCUAUUACAGAUCAACCAAUUGAUAAGCCAACCUCUACCUCCGAAUUUGAUAAAGCAAAGAAGAGAAUCGUUCUUCACUUGAACAUCGAAUCAAAUGAUGAUACCUCGGCACUCAUGGAAUACUUCCUUAGACUUCCCGAUUUCCUUGUCGCAAACGCCCACUUCCGACCUGAGGUUGCUAAGAAAGUUCGUUCUACACGUGACGAGGAACGCCGUAAGCUCGAAAAGGCCGAGGAUGAUAAGAAGGCCGAGGAGCGACAGGCUGCUAAGGAUGAGAAGAAGAAGGCAGAUAGGGAUGCAAAACUGAGAGGGCUGUCUGCUGAUGAGCAGAAGAAGUUCUUAGACAAGGAGAAGGAAAAGGAGAUGAAGAAGGCCGCCAAGAAACAAGUCAGGAGGGUUUAA